AAAUCACUUGGAAGAAUUAAGUUCAAGGAAAUAAGAAGUCUUAUCGGAGUUCGAGAUGUGUGUGAAGAUGAGUUUAAGCUUAAGGGGGAGAAUGUUGAGUUAAGCUUAAAGAAUAACGAAACUUGAGAAGCAAGUAAAAGACCUAAUCCUAUCAUGUUGAGGAAUUGGAAAGUAUAAUGUAUUUAGGAAGUUUUCUAGAUAUGUUAUCUAAUAGGAUUAGGUUACAAUGAUCUCUAUAUAUAUAAAGAGAAUGUUCAGGUGUGAUAUUAUGUGUGACUUGUGAUUUAAGAACUUGGUGAUUGAAUAAUAAGAGAAAGACUUCUUAUUAAUAUUGUGAUUGAAUAUAUGUGGCAUCCAUAUUCCGAUCUUUGCAUGAGAAAAAAGAUCUGGUAUGCAAAGAUUUGUUUAGAAUCAAGAUGCAAUGGACGUGAGGUGUGGGGUAAGGUGGGGUGUGUCGAUAUGCUUACCUUUCGUGUUGAAACAUAUGAAAGCUUUUGUCGUUUAACUGCUUUAGUUUGAAGUCUCUGAGAGAUGGUAUGAGUUUGGGUGCUUUUUGCUUCCAACAUGCUGUUGUAUUCUUUGAGACAAGCUUCUAUGUUGGUUUUUAUGGUGGCUUUCAUCAGUUUCAUAGUUUGAUUGUGUUUUCGCGUUACAAUAUUUUUUUUGUGGGACAGUAUGACACCUCCACGUCACAGUAUAUUGAUUCUUUUUAAAAAAUGAAACAACAAUUGUAAGUGUUUUUGUGAAUUGACAUGAUGAUUUAAUUUGUGUUAAGAAUUAAAACUACGUGGAUGAUUGGAAAGAACUGUAGCCUUAUAUUUUUGGUUUAGAAAUAAAAUUGAAGAUUUUUUUUUGAUGUGGCUAUAGAUAGAUGUAGGUUUAAAAAGAUUCAAUGACUUACAUAUAAAUUUUCUAAAGUAAAAAAUAAGUGCUCUAGAUUUAUGGCUUUCCACAGCUACAAAUAAAUAAGAAGGAAAAAAAUUUGUAAUUUAAAAAAAAAUUUACAAUGGCAAAACUUUGGGAUGUUGAAAUAAUUUGAGCUGUAGAAAUAAUUUAGGCUGUAAAAAGAUCUUAAAACACUUCUAAAGCACUUGCCAAUCAACUUCUAUAAUAAUUUUUCCAAACUUUCAAUAUAAAUGACAAUUAAGCAAAAGUUAUAUCCUAUUGAAUAAGAAUGGGAGGAGAAUUGUAGUGAUGACACUUUGGUUUAAAUCCAAAGUUACAAAUUAAAUAAUGUUACUCCAGUUAAUAUAUAAGAGAUUAUAACAAUUGAUGCUUUUAGAAUAAAAGGUAACUUUUCUGAAGAAAAAAAAGAAUAAAAGGUAAAUGCAAAGUUACAAAUUAAAUAAUGUUGAUCCCAUUAAUAUACUUCCUCCGUUUCUGAAAGUAAGAUUUUUUAGAUUUUUUUCUUGUUACAAAAAAGAUAGAUUCUCUAUAUUGUUGUACUUUUUUAUACUUUUGAGAAACAUUAAUUGAGAAUAUUUGAAUUGAUUAAAUUUCAUUGGUGGAAAGUUAUUGGAAAGUGUAUAAUAAAGUAAAAAAUAAAUUAAAUUAUAAACAUUUAUUAAAUUCUUAAUAAACGUGUAUACUCUAGAAAAUCUUACUUUCGGGAACAAUGGGAGGAAAUAUUAGGGAUUAUAACGAUGGGGGUGAUUGGUUGGGCACUUAAUGUGGUCGACCACUGAGAUUGAAGGUAGAAAGUGGAGAGAGAUCAAGGGCUUGGAUAAAUUGCGUGAGCAUUUAAAAAGUGGGAAUGAGUUUGAAAUGGUUAACUACGGUGCGAAGCUUUUAGUUUUGUGGCAUCCAUAUUCCGAUCUUUGCAUGAGAAACAAGAUCUGGUAUGCAAAGAUUUGUUUAGAAUCAAGAUGCAAUGGACUUGAGGUGUGGGGUAAGGAUAAAAGGUCUUUAGGCUUUUACUUUUAUAAAGACCUAAACGUAUUGAGUAAACCCUAGUACAACUUCGGCCGAUCAUGAUCUCCGAAGAAAGUGAACCAACCCAAAAGAAGAAGAAGAUUCCUGAGCCACUGUCAUCGUUUUCGUCACUUCCACAUGAAAUCACAGAGAACAUUCUUGCCCGUGUCUCCAGAUGGAAAUAUCCAUGUCUCUCUCUCGUCUGCAAGAGCUUUCGUUCCCUCUUAUCUCCUCUGGAAAUCUACAAGACGAGAUCUCAAAUCGGAGUGAAAGAAACAUGCGUCUAUAUCUGCUUACAGCUGCCUGAUCAACCAUGUGCAAGCUGGUUUAGUCUGUGGACAAAACCUAAUAAAAAACGAAACAAACGGAGAGGGAAGACUAAGUUUAAGCGGGAUUCAAGUGGAAACUCGGUUGUUCAGAUACCUUUCUCUUCUUCCCCUUCUGCUCCCUUACCUUAUGAAACUCAAACAGUUGGUUCGGAAAUCUACAUAAUCGGCGGACCCGACGGGGAGCCGUCUUCAUCUGUCCGGAUCCUUGAUUGUCGGAGUCACACUUGGCGUGAUGGCCCUAACAUGACCAUCGAUAGGGAGGAUGCGCCUACAGCUUUACUUGAUGAGAAAAUAUACGUAGUGGGAGGUUGCAAUAUUGAUAUGUACUCUACCAACUGGAUUGAGGUAUUUGACAUAAGAACUCAGUCCUGGACUGCCUUGCCGGGUCCUGGCCCUGACGAGGACGACGAGUUAGUGGAUGACUAUCGUGCUCUAGUUAAUGUGUUUGAAGGAAAAAUUUAUUUAGCUACAGAUGAAAAGGACUACACUUAUGAUCCGAAAGAUGGUACGUGGAAACUCGUAAAAGAGAAAGCGAGUUUCGUUCCCGACUCCGUUAUGUUUUGGUGUGAGAUGGAUAAUGUAUUAUACUGUUGCACUGACUUGGGGUACUUAAUGUGGUCGACCUCUGAGAUUGAGGGUAGAGAGUGGAGAGAGAUCAAGGGAUUGGAUAAAUUGCGUAAGCAUUUAAAAACUGGGAAGGAGAUUGAAAUGGCUAACUAUGGUGGGAUGCUCUUAGUGAUGUGGCAUUCAUAUCCCGAUUUUUGCAUAAGAGACAAGAUUUGGUAUGCAAAGAUUUGUAUACAAUCAAGAUGCAAUGGACUUGAGGUGUGGGGUAGGGUUGAGUGUGUCGAUAUGCUUACCUUUCCUGUUGAAACAUAUGAAAGCUUUUAUUGUUUAACUGCUUCAGUUUGAUGUCUGGUAUGAGUUUGUGUUACAAGUUAAGUGAGCAUCAUCAAAUAAAUGAAGUUUUGAAGUUUCUUUUCGGAGAACAAAAAAUUUUAUAUUUGAAAUUAUAGAGUGUCUUUUGGAGAUGUUGUAAGCAAUUUAAUAGUUUAACUUUAGUUACACACGGUCUGUGUUUUAAAAGGCAAGCGCCUUUUGCGCCAAAGCGCAAGGCGCACUAAGGCGCAGACCCAAACGCCUUGGUCUUCUAAGGCGAGGCUAUGUUCUUGAGGCGCUCGCCUUGUUGCGGCUUUGCCCUUGUUCUAAAGCUCCUUAGCGACACAAAGGCACAGUUUCGUCACAAAAUCCGUGACUGUAGUCAGUCAUCCAAACCCAAACCAUAUGACUGUAGUCAGUCCUUAAUGAUUUCAGUUGUGUCAAGUCUCGUCAAUGAGACUUUAAGUGUCUGGGAUGUGUUGUUGCUGCUAUGAAUCAUAGCUUUCAAAUUGAAGGAAUCAAACCUAGAUGGCUAGAUGCGAAUAGGUUCUUGAAACUAUCAUUGUUGAUAGUAAAACAAACACAAAAUAUUACAGGCUAACUAUAAUGUCAGGAAUCUAAUCUUUAGAGCUUUUAGGUAAUGAUUGGGGUAAGUUUUUAUGUGUUCAUGUUAUUCUAGUACAAUUUCUACCUCAACCCUACUAGCAUUGCAUUUCUAAGUUUUUCUAGAGUCUAUGUACUACGUACUACCCUGUUUUUUAUACGUGUGGUUCUUAAGGCGAGCGCUUUAGAGCGCCAUGACGCAAGGCACAAGGCUCCAGCUUCCUUGCCUUUUGCGCUUUUUAAAACACAGAACACGGUAACUCGGUAAGGUAUGAUUAGACAAACUCACAAGUCUCAUGAUGCAAUGUAGUCAAUUUAUUUAAAGUUGUCAUGUUGAUAAUGUCAGAACGUUCGUUUUAAAAAUAAUAAUGUCAGAACGUAGAGGAACUCGAGCGACUUUUUUAUAAUUAUUUUAUUUUCAUGGGGUAUUCAAUAUA